AUAACACCUUAUCUGCACUCAAUUGGCUGAGCCAGCCGCCAUGUCUUCCAUCGAAUUUUUUGCGUCUCUGGCGGAUGUGCCUCGACCUCCGCCAGCUCCUCUCAACGAACCUGGGCCAGGCAGACCGACACGCCACCCCUUCCACGUGCCUUCUGGACCAGCCUUGCUUGUUGCUGUGCUAGUCCCCUUGGCAGCGAAGGCCCGGGCACAUCGACAACGACACCGUCUUCGUGCGACGUCGUCCCCCACGGUCGCUGGCACUGAGAUUUGGUCCUUGCUGGGCUUAAAGGGCACGGCCACGAAGGCGGAGAUCAAGCAAAAGUUCAAGAAGUUUGUCAGGAACAACCACCCAGAUGUGAAGGGGGAUCGCUCGCCGGCGGCCAUCGAGCGCUGGGCCAACAUCACCAAGGCUUAUCGCAAAAUCAUGAAGUGCAACGACGACCUCUUCUGGGUGGAGAGCUGGGUGGCGCGAGUGCAACAGAUCGAAUUUGCCAAGCUGCAGAAUGCGGAUCGGAUCCGCCGCGAGCGCAUCGAACGGAGGGCGGCACGAGCGGGGCUCUCGCCCGAGGACUAUGAGGCUGCAGAAGUUCAAGCGGCGGAGGCUGCCAAAGAGGCAGCAGAAAUGGAGGAGGAAAGCAGAAACCAGUUCGUUCUCGACGUCCUGCCCGUCGCACUCGCCCUUGUCUUGGCCUUCCUCCUGAUCUCCUUGAUCGCUAUCUUGGUCAAUGGGCCAAAUAGCAAGUGAGAGCAUCGCUGAUUUUUCCACCUAGCAACGUUGAAUUCAGUCUCACUGCCGACCACGGCGCUUCUUGAUUCUUAGGUGCUAUAUGAACAUCCAAAAGUUUCCCAACGUCGCAGUGUUGCUUCGCCUGCCUUCCCACUCCCCGGUGCUUGAGUGAUGCGCUUUGUUGGAGCAGGGGAAGACAGUGCAGAUGUUCUUUUUAAGGUGAAAUCAGUGAGACAUGUGUAGUGGAGAGUCUCAGCCUGAAGGAUUCCAUUGCUUCACG